AAUCCGCUUGUACAUGCUGAGUUCCUCAGUGAUUUAUUAUGUACAUAUUAAUGUCAAUAUACAAAGAAUACGUGUAUUGUGUUGUGUGGAACUGCUGUUUCUCUCAUGAAUCCUAGGAAGAUUUUAGAAUCAACUUUCUUUAUGUUAAUAAUGUACCUCUUCACCAGUAUCAAUCAUACACAAGUUUGUUUUUUUAAUACAGAGGUUGAAAUGGAUUUCCUUAAAUUGUAAAAUCUAAAUAAACAAUAAACCUGACUGUUGGGUGUCCAACUAGAGUAAACCUACGUGUAUUUAUUUUUUUUAAAAAAACUACAAUGACUUCAGUAUGUAAUUUAAAAAAUUUUAUUACUAAAAAAAAAAAAAAAAAAAAAAACGUCAGAGAGCUAAUAUAACAAAACUUUCAAGUGUACUGAUGGAUGAACGGACUCGCUGCAUCCUAAUGACGUUAUCCCAUGCAGUUCUGGUGUCGCUUGACAAAGUGCAAGGCAUGGCCCUUUAACGGCAUCGAACUUAGCCAGUCCCCCUUAAAGAGCCCGGCGUGUGCAGCGAAGGCCGUCCCCGCGAUCGCUCCUCUUCUUGCGGCCUCUCCGCUUCUCUUAAGGUUUAUAGCGGCUGACCUCAUGAUGGGACAUUGCCAAGUAAGCAGCCGGUGCAGUAAUAAGUAUUGGACGCCAGCUUGAAGGUGUGAUGGUCCGUCUGCGGUGUCGAAAGCUCACCGUGAUGAACUUCAUCAGGCACCUGCGGACCGACUUCGCGUGAUGCGGUAAAAGAAGACGCAAGGAUUCGCAGGUUUCGGGGAGGAAAAAUGGAGAGUUCUUCUCUGCUCGUCAUUACUCUGGCAUUGUCCCUCCCUUCACUCGGAAGCUUUUUGAAUUCACACGGGAUUUCAAAGGAAAGGACUCAAAGCACAGAGACCGUCGUCCAUCCGGUUAGUGAAGUGGUCAGACGGAACAGCAGUGUGCAAGGCAGUGGAGACAGACCGGAUACGCUAAUCCGUCCUAUUCCAGAGGAAACCGGGGCGCAGAAAGAGAUGACACCGGUCGCGGGCUCCGCCGUCACUCUCCGUCACUCAGUGACCGGAACGGCCGACUCACGUUCUUCAGUGACGAUGCUUAAUGUUGUAAAAUCACAGGAUACGCAUUUGAAGGGCAGGGGUGCAAGAGUUGAUAUCCCUGCUAAAACAGGUGUGGACCACCCUGCCCAAACGCGCGUGUUCCCCCCGAUGACCAACUUCUCAGGAUCUGGACGGCCCUGCGUUCGAAGUCCUUGCCAGCACAGUUACAACGGCACCAACCUGCUGUGGGACGACAUGAGGCGCACGCUGGCGUUCGCCUGGGAAAUUCACGUCUUCGGCUCGGCCGGCCUCUUCAUUUUAAUGGCGUCCGUGGCCGUUCUCGGAAUGGCCGUCGCCUCCGGUCUCCCUUACCCCCACUGCGGCGUUCUGAUGCUGGCGAACAGCACCCUGAUCGCGAGCGGAGCCCUGCGGGCCGUCCACCUCCUACUGGAUCCUUACGGUACUCGUCAGAUCGUGUCUCACGCCACGCUGGCGGCGCUGCAGAACGUUCCCAUGCAGCUGUUCCUGUGGGCUCAGGUCACGCUCACCCUUGUCACUCCCAGGAGGUUCAAAUUGAUCCUUUUCCCGGUCGUAUUACAACAGCCCCACGUGGUCGCGGGCCUGCUUGUAUCACAUUGCAGUGUUUUGCUGGCAGCGGACUUACAUUUCACUGCGUUCUUUCCGCUUUUCCCUCUUUUGCUGCAGAUGCUCUCCCUCUCCUGGGGUCUUCCAUUCUGUCUAGAAAUACUCCUGAAAUCCCUUUCCCGUUUCGACAUGUUCCUCGGGUCAUCAGUUCCUCGUGGGGUUCCAUCACAAAGGAUUGAGAGGUGUGCAAAGCGAGUUACGGCGGUUUGCGCUUGCCUCGGGAUUAUGUCCUGCAGCCUUCAGAUUUGCAGCCUUCUCUGGCUCUACGGCCUGAUGGGCAACUGGAGGCGCUUCGGUUGGUGCUGGUGGCUCAGCCAGUUUUGGGCCAGGAUCCUUGAGCUAGCUUGGGGUUCCUCAUUGCUGGUCUUGGGAUCCUGGAUCUUCUGGAUGCCCGCCAGGAGGCACAGCAGACGCGAGGUGUCUAAAAGAGAGGGGAAGACGAGCGGUUUGUGGGACAGGGUCUUAGCCUGGGUCCGAAAGGGCCAGCUCAAAAGAAGCGAGAAGAAAUGGAGGGAGCUGAUGCCAAAUAACCUGGCGAAACGCAAUUUCUCUUCGGCAAGUUUCAGCAACAGCCCGAUGUGUCCGUACGACGAUCAACCGUCCGUCAUUGUUUCCGAAUGCAAGCAUGAUCCUUCCUGCAGUAACAACUACGACUCGCAGGCCACGCUCAUGUGGCAAAGAGUCGGCGAGCGAGAAUGCAUCCUCUCGCUUAUCGAAUUUGACACGAGGCCCCCAUCUCCCAUUAACCUGAGGCUCAAUGUCGACAGCGCUCUUCAUCACGGGCAGCUCCUGGCCGGCAGCCUCUUCACGCCUCCCCCGCCCUCUUGGAUGCACUCCGACGCGGAGAACGGGACGGCGACAUUCCCGCCGGCUUACGUCGGCUACGGCUGGAUGAUGGAUACGGAGUCCAUUCCCGCGUCUCUGGACCACUUCCAAGACCGAGAGCCAACAGAGCCGGGCAACGUGGCCACCGAUCACUCUUAUAAUGGAGGGUCCCCAAAAUUAGAAUUCAGUUCAAGACCUCACGGAUUUCCCUUACACGCAGGACUAUCCAAAUUCUGGAGAUUUUCAUUCCCUGGGAUUUAUUGUGGCGGCACGGUGGAGCAGCUGGUAAAGGGUUGGCCUCAUAGUACUGAGGACCCGGGUUCGAUGCCGGCCCCCGCCUGUGUGGAGUUUGCAUGUUCUCUCCAUGCCUGCGCGGGUUUUCUCCGGGCACUCCCACAUCGCAAAAACAUGCAACAUUAAUUGGACUCUCUAAAUUGCCCAUAGGUGUGAUUGCGGGUGCGGCUGUUUGUCUCGAUGUGCCCUGCGAUUGGCUGGCGACCGGUUCAGGGUGUGCCCCGCCACCUGUCCGUUGACAGCUGGGAUAGGCUCCAGCACUCCCCGCGACCCUAGUGAGGAUAAGCGGCAAAGAAAAUGGAUGGAUGGAUGUCAACACAAGUUUAAAAUUCUGAGGAAGAAGCCUAACAACAGAUGACAAACUGUGAGUGUUCACAGUUACAAAUUGUAUUUAAAAAAUAUAUUUUCAUAUGAAUGUUAUGACCAGUUGCAGUAAAAAGAUUUGAGUUCACAGUAUUUAUAAUAUUACCAUGAUCCAUCAAAAUCAAUACAAAUCUUACUACUAAAUGCGAUGCGUUAAUAAUAAAUGUUAUAAUUUGACACGUCAGUGUAAAUAUUGUUAAAUGAAUCUUCAUAAGGUUUAAUAUCUUUAAA